AUGGGGCCGUUUGAAAAAAAAAGGGGGAAGCACCACGGGACCACGGACCUCAUGGCUAGUGGUGUCGCGCCCGGCAGGGGUGAGGCUGCAACCGUGGUUGUAGCCUCUGAGGUAACCCAGGUCGUUAUCCAGCGAAAUCCUCAAAAAAAUCGAUCUAAUCGGAUAAAUCCAGAUGAGGGGCCGACUGUAGUUGUGACUGACGAACAUAGUCACACUCUACCUGGUGGCUCGCAGGCUCCAACUCAUGGAGGAGAUGCUGCUGCUAGGGGAGGAAAGUUGAAACGUAUUAAAUGGACACCGCAGAUGAAUAAAGACGUAAUGAGGUCCUUUUAUUACGUAACGAGAUGUAUGGAUCCUCCUCCUCCCGGAUGGAGGGUACUGCUGCAUGCUGAGUUUAAUAAACUUUACCCUGAUUUGAAACGAACCGAACAAAACGUCGCUGAUAGGCUACACGUCAUAAAGAGAAAAGGUUACCUAACACCUACGGAAAUAGCUGAGAUCAGAAGGGAGGUAGGUAAUCAUAUUUCUGCUAAGAGAGAAGAAGAGGAAAUACAGAUGGAGGAAGCAAGUGUGGCUACCACAGAAACUGAAGAACAAGAAACUACCUCAACCUACUGCGACAAAUUUAUUAGCAACACAAGAUUCUUCGAAAUAGUUGACCCAAAUCAAAGACCGAGACUGCCAAAACUUAUAUCGAAACCAGGCACGCCUCAACUAAUAACAGCUAUGAAUCACAUACUGAAAGCCUACCUGGAAGAUGAGGACAACCUCGCAAAUAUACACCUAGCUAUCUACGCAGCUGCUGUUACGGUACGAGAAGAUAAUGGCCAAAAAUUGUCACGGGAGAUACUUUCGGACCACCCAAUAAGACGUCCCCCAGAGGAGCCAGAAUGGCGUAGACGUCUGAGGUUAGACAUAGAUAAGCUGAGAUCAAAAUCCGACCUGCUAAGGGAAUAUAUUAAAGGCACGAGAUCAGCCAAAAUUAACUAUAAAAUGCAAGCCAUAUGUCAAGAGUAUCGGAUAGAAGUAAAAGACCGGGAAAACAUCCAGAAAUUGACAGAAAUCAUGUAUGAGCUCCGCCAAAAGGCCAAGGCUAAAGGCGCGAGGCUCAAAAGGUACAACGAAGCCACAAACAGAGCAAAGCAGAACCGCAGUUUCUCACAAAACCAGAAACAGUUCUUCAGUAAUCUUACAAGCCCAACUACAUCUAAUAAUGAUUUGUCACAGGCACAGUGUAAAGAACAAGAUGCUAUCGACUACUGGGCUAUGGUAAAUUCUGACUGGGAAAAUCGUCGUCCCUUAACGCAACGUGAGUUACAAAAUGAGGUCGACAAUGUGUGGCAAAAUGAAGAUGAGGCAGAUAGUGACGAAGACUUGUUUGGUAAAUUAUCUGACAGGGACGAAGAUUAUGUCGAUGAACAACAGUCUGAUACUGACAAUGAACAGAGUGAUGAUGGUGAUGAAGUUGUGUUACAGAAUCCUGGUAUAUCGAGCAGGAACACUGCUAGUAUAAUGGGCAAAAACGGUCAUCGCUGGAGUACCAAAAUACCAGAACGCAGAGGCCGCACAAUGAGAGACAAUAUUGUUUUACAUAUGCCCGGUCCUAAACAACAGGCGAGAUUAGUUCGCUCUCCAAUAGAAGCAUGGGAGUUAUUAUUUAACCAAGAAAUGUUAGAUAUAAUUGUAUUACACACAAAUCAAGAAAUUGUGCGUAAGUGUUUUGAAAACUUGCCACAAGGUUAUAAAAAGCCAACUAACCUUGUAGAGAUUAAAGCUUUUAUUGGGCUUCUCUAUUUAGCAGGGGCCCUUCGACUAUCAAAUACGAAUUUAGAUGAAUUAUGGUCAAUAAAGUACGGAAAUGGAUUAUUUCGAGCUACAAUGUCUCAACAGAGAUUUCAGUUUCUAGCUCUCUGUUUACGAUUCGAUGAUAAGAAUGGUAGGGCUGCAAGAAAAUUAUGUAAACGUCCUGCACCGGAGGCGGACAUAAAGGAUAUGAUCGAUAACAUCCCUAUCAGACAAACAAGCGCUUUGCGGAACGGCGAGGACUGGAGACACAGUGCCGUUGGAAGCUUUAACGCUUUCCUGAAACUGAUGCCCAUACGCAAACAGAACGGGCCCAUAAAAUUAGUUAUGCUAUCUCCAUCUGAAUUUAAUGGCUCAGCUAAAGUAGUACUUUGA